AUGAGUCAUUCUCGCUUGGAUCCGCCGCGUGGUGUAUUCACGCUACCGACACCUUGCGACUUGAAUAAUGCGUUCUGGGAGCCUGUAAAGACGAACGACCACUUUGUUUUACAACGAACAAAAGGAUCGAAAAACGCAAUUUUACGAGGUGUUCUUGGUACCAUCCAAAACGUAUUUGACACAAAGCAACCUCCGUUUAGACUGUUAUUUCGUAGCGACGUCAAUACUCUUGCACUACAAAUUGCAGUAUCUCAGACCGAAAAGGGUAUUGAGGAUGCUUGGAGCUGGGCUACGGACAACCUCCAAGUUGGACUCGGUAAGCUGGAUGAUCCUACUGAGAGAGAGAAUUAUGUUGUAACAAAAAUAAAUUCUCUGGUAACAAGACAAGACAAGGGGACUGACGAAGUAUCUGAAGAUGAAAGCGUACGAUCCGCUUCGAGAGCAUUUCGGCAGACGUUUGAUGUAUCUCCAACUGAGAGAUUAGUUAAUUUUUAUUCUUGCGCGUAUUACAAGAGUAUUACCAAUCAGGGUUGGAUGUAUAUUAGCGAAAAUUAUCUGUGCUUUUAUUCGUUUCUAUUGGGAAUUGAGACGAAACUAUUAAUCGAACUGAGAGAUAUCAGAGAUUUAGUGAAAGAGAAAUCUAAACGCGGAAUGAUAUCUGAUUCCAUUAAAGUCAUUACUAAAGACGGACAAGAAUAUUUUUUCACCAAUCUCUUUCACCGCGAUGAGACAUAUGAUUUGUUGGUACAAUUAACAAGCUUGUCUGUACAACGACUGCUCAAAAAUGCAACUCCAGAAUCAACACCCGGAAUGUCGUUAUAUGAAAAUAACUUUGAGCAGUCCACUGACAGCAACAACAAUGACAAAAAUAAAAAAGAUCUUACAAUCAGUAUAAGUAAGGAUAAUACCGAAGAUGAUGUACCAAGAUCACCAAUGCUACCACCUUUGAUUAAAGGGCUAGAAGUGCAGAAGAGAGAUAGUGAAUUCCAAGCAAUUUUUGCUUUACCAGCAUCAGAACAUUUAGUCGAAGAAUGCAACGCAAUAUUCUCAAUGCCGGACAAAAAUGAAUCCCAUUCUGGAAAGAUCAGACUCUCGGAAACGUAUCUUACUUUCAUGUCGAAUGAUGGAGAAUAUAGUCUUGUCUUGCCAUUGUCCACAAUUAGAAGAGUAGAGAAAUUACAAAGUCGAAUUUACGCAUUUGCAUUAUCAGUGUUGACAUGGCAUCAAAUGAAGUUAAUUUUCCAACUCGGUGGAGCAAAAGGACAAAGUGAACAGCUCUGUAAUUCUUUGAAGAUUAACUUGAAGAAACAAGUGCGUUAUAUGAAAGUAUUAAAAUCGUUCUUGAAUACCUGUUAUUCUGAAGCAUUGUUAGUGGAUCCAAACAAAGAUGCCUCAAAUGGCGGGUUGGGGUUGACAUUUGGAUUCCCCCCUGAUGUAAAGAACCGUGAUAAGCGAAAGCUAAAAUUGUGGACGGAUUACUUCAAAGAUAAUGGUAGAAACCUUACACUUAUAAAAUCUACCAAAUUUGCUAAACUGACGCGUUUUGGUUUGCCAAAUAAACUGCGUGGCGAGAUAUGGGAACUGUGUUCUGGCGCGAUGUAUCUGAGAUACACGAAUAACGGAUUAUACGAGAAGUUACAUGAAGACAACGUCGGUAAGGUAUCGCUAUCCACCGAAGAGAUUGAGAAGGAUCUUAACAGGUCACUUCCAGAGUAUCCCGCAUAUCAAACACCAGAAGGCAUAGACACGCUCCGUCGUGUGUUAACUGCAUAUUCUUGGAAAGACCCUGAGCUAGGCUACUGCCAGGCGAUGAAUAUAGUUGCCUCUGCUCUCCUAAUAUACAUGAGCGAAGAACAAACAUUCUGGACUCUUAGUAUCCUCUGUGACAGGAUGCUACCUGGUUAUUAUAGCACUUCGAUGUAUGGCGCUAUACUCGAUCAAAUGAUAUUCGAGCAGUUCGUGGAGAAGACAAUGGCAAUAUUAUACGAACACUUCAAGAAUGCAGACAUACAACUGUCGGUGGCAUGCUUGCCCUGGUUUUUGACAAUUCUAAAGAUCAAUGCUAAAGAACUCCUGGAGGUAACCGAUGAUGGCGCAUUUAUCCACGUGCUUAAAUCUUAUUUCGCGACACUCGAUCAACCUGCAUAUCCAAAAAGUCGAGAAUUACGUGACGUUAACAAAUUUACCGAGUUAAUGACUAUAGCAUAUAGAGAUUUCUCUGCGAUAACCGAUGAGAAAGUUGCUGAACUACGCAAGACAGAACAACUCAAAGUAGUACAUAAUAUCGAAAGCUUUACAAAGCGAAGUCAAAUACGUAACCUUAAAAAUACCUCGAAAUUCACAAAAGAUAACUUGUCUAUAAUUUAUGAUAAGUUCUACACUGCGCAGUUCUACGGGUCGCAAAAGAGUACGCGUACCGACAGCCGAAUGGAUCUAAAUACUUUUUAUCAGUUUAUGGGGAGUGUUGCCUCCUGGGCGAAAAUGGACGACGGAGAGCUAACGAAUGGUGAGGAUGUACGUGAUCGUCAUGGCCGUCGAAUAGUAGGCCAUCAAUUUAUCAUCAAAUUGUUUACGCACUUUGAUAAAUCCAACAAUGGCGGGAUUUCACUGCAAGAUGCAGUUGUCGGGUUAGCAGGGAUUCUAUUCACAGAUAUGAUGGGAACAAUCGAGUUGUUCUUUAAACUACAUGAUGUUGAUCAAGAUGGAAAUCUGUCAAAGGAGGAAGUGUUACAGAUGGGAGAAAGUCUGUUGUUCAUUUGUAGGGAAAGAGAAGACGACGGUCACUUAGGAUCAGUGUCGAAUUUUAUCAGAAGGGCUUUUGAGUAUGCUGACGUCAAGUCCGAAGAGUCUGUAUUCAAUUCAUCGCUGCAAACCCCUGCAGCAAUUCCUUCUCCAACAUCCGCUCCAGAUCUUCUACUUUCACUUCCCUCGUUCCGUAUGGUCGUGCUUGCUGAUGAGUAUUUGGAACAUUUCUUCGACCACGGAUUUGCUUCUUCGAUCAAUCUCUCUGAACCAGUUGAAGAACGAUCGAAAGGGCUCAGUAGGGAGAUAUUCAAUGCGUUGUUCGCUGAAGGGAAAAAUCUGGCUGAGAAAGGGGCGGAAGAGAGUGAAGAGUUAUUGAACGAGAAAAUGGAUGGUAACGGCACCCAUGAUAGUAACGAGUUUAUCAACGAUAGGGCAAGAGAUAGAUCAAGUAGUAUUGGAGAUGGGGAUGAUGAAAAUUUGCUUGACGAAUUUGACAAGCUUUUGAACAGUAUGGAAAUUAAUGUAUUGGUUUCGGUAUUUCCAGUAGCUGAUUUAGAUGCUGGACAGUCAUCUAAUGGACCGUCUGAAAAUGAACAUGAUUUGGACAAACUUCUUGCCGGGAUGUGA